AUGACGGGCGAUGGGAAGCGGGAUGUCAAGCAAGGCAUCAUGGUGCCUUAUGACGGUCAGCUGGCGGAAGCGGACGAUGAGACGAGCAGCAUCGAGACACCCAAUGCGAAGAGGGAAAGAAUAAGAGGUGAAAACAUCUCGUUAUGUGGGUCCAUCACCGAGUUUUUCCUCUUUCUUUUGACCUUCUCUUUGGCGAUGCUGGUCAAUCAGUCUGUGGCGACAUCGCGACUUAGUGAUCACAUCCGGAUGAAGCUGAAUCCGACGGUGCAUCCCAUCACCAGAAUUACCGACGUGAACACGCUCUAUGACUACCUCGAAGAGGUAUUCAUUCCAGCGAUUUACCAGAACACCACUGAUAUCCAACUUGCAGAGAGUAUCUCUCCGCACUUGAGACCCAUCGACAUCGCCAAUCGGUUGCUAGGGACCGUGCGGUUGCGACAGGUGCGCGUGAACCUCCAGGAGAACUGCCAAGUCCUUCCGCUCUUCGAGCAGUACACCGUGUCCUGCUAUCCCAACUACGCGCCAGGAACCGGCAGCACGACGGCCUUCGGACCCCAGCAGAGGUUUACCUAUUCAGAAGAUGUCUCUGGCAUUGACUACGAGGGUUCCCUGGGAGCGUACACUCCGCAUGGCUUCAUGCAACUCUUACCCUCCAAUGCCACACAAGCCUCGCAGCAGAUCCAACAGCUACGGAUUGAUGGCUUCUUAGACGCCGCCACCCGGGCGUUCUUCGCAGAGUUCAACAUUUGGAACUCCAACGUCGGCUUGUACGCAGUGGUGAACUUUGUCGUCGAGUUCGGAGCGAGUGGUGGCACUGCUCAAGAGAUUGAAAUUACGACCAUGACCGAGCGCGUGCUCACCGUGGGUGGCUUGGGAACUGGUAUGGACUGGUUUGCAUUUGUGCUGCUCAUUUUGGUGAUGGUCUUUGUGGUCCAAUUCAUCAUCGAGGAGGUGCAGGAGCUUUAUCAAAGCUGGCGAACCUACUUCUUUGAUGCUUGGAACCUGUUAGAUUGGGCCAACAUGAUCUUGCUUCUCGUGGGCUUCACCAUGCGCAUGCUCCUCUUCUCGGACGCUGCCAAUGCGAAUGUCGGCAUCGAGCAGCUGUCCAAUAAGGCUUUUUGGUUGGUGGUACAGCGAACCAGAUGCGCCACAAUCCCUCAAGCACAGGCAUAG